AAAAAAAAAAAAAAAGACAGCAAAGGUGCGAGAGCGAUCCUAAAGCAGUGGUCACCAACCUUUUCAAGCCUAAGAUCACAUCCAAAGUCCAAAUGUAAACCAAGAUCUACCACUUGCAAAAAAUUAUGAAAAAACGAGGCCACAAUGUCGAAUUAAUGGAGCCCUUGAACUUUCUAACGAGAACCACUGAAGAGUUGCUGUUUUUUCUCCACCGGAAAAAGACGGAGAUUUCGUGCAUCGAGCAACCGCACAGACUCCUCACUCAGCUGCGCGACCACGAUCUGGUUCCGGAGAAACUUUUUGAUAAUGUGAAAAAGAUGCGUUCUCGUGAGCAGAAGGAGAAGGGCAUCUAUGAGGUUCUGGACUGGGUGGAGAAAAAUAAACCACAGUACAUGCAUCAGUUCUGGCGCUGUGUGUUUGAAGACCAUAUCCUGCAGCUCUACCCAACGCUACGCACGCUCAGAAACAGUCUGCUGGACGGCACUUUCAAAUUUGAUGAGAAACGUCCAGAUGUUGAGACACCAGCAGAGGAGGAAAAGAGUGAAGGAAAGGCAGAGAAAGGGAAGGAGAAGAACUACAAAAGAAAGAGAAGUAAAGAUGAUAGAAGUACGGAGGAAAAUGUUGAUCCUGAUCUUUCCUCUGCUUCUACACCCAGUCGGAAGAAACCAGGCAAACAACCCCCAUUCUCAUCUCUUGUGAAGAAAGGAGACAAGCAGGAGAUUUGGAAGUGGCCUAUUUAUAAAACGCAUCUGCCUGUAACCUGUGGGGAUAAAGAAGGCACUCUCUGUCGGGACAAAAUGCCCAGAGGGGAAAAGUGUAUUUUGUCUCAAGGACACUGGUUCACCCUAAAUGAUUUUGAAAAGUUUGCGGGUAAGGAAAAGUGCAAAAACUGGAAACUCAGCAUCUGCUGCAGAAACACACCACUUAUGAAACUCAUUGAGGAGGAGCAUCUUCAGUGUCCACCGAUGGAGAGAAGAAAGAGAACAUGUGUCCAAAAAAACAUGAAUAAGCUGUUUACUGUCAGUUCAUCUGAGAGCUCCAGUGAAGACUCUGAAACAAGCUCCAGUUCGGUGGAAGAAAGUGAUGCUGAAAAUUUCCAGGAACAGGGAUGGAGAGGAGGACGAACAGAGAUUAGAGGCAGAGUUGAGGAGGAAGAAGAAGACGUGGCAGAUCUGUCUGUUUUCCAGGCUCCUUCUUUACCAGUCACCUGUGUUUCACUUACUGGGACUUUAUACAAAUACAGGUUUGCAACAGGGAUAUUUGGGAAGUGUAUACGUACUGAGGAAAAAUGGUUCUCUCCGGAGGAAUUUGUAAAGCAGGAACCGACUCUCACAGAUGGGCACUGGAAGAAAGAUAUUCUGUGCCAUGGAAAAAUGCUCAACUUUUUAAUCAAGAAAAAAAUCCUGUGCGAACAUUUACCUCUGUGUGACUGUCAGAAUUGCAGCAUUAAAAAGGAAGACCUGAUGGCACAGAACAAUGAUGACGAGUGUUACAUUUGUGACUCUGAGGAGGCAGAUCUUGUGUGUUGUGACGAGUGUCCACGAGCUUUUCAUUCACAAUGUCACCUGCCUGCUGUACACGGAGACUCACCUGGGGAAUGGAUUUGUACCUUUUGCGUGUUUAGAAACAGUCAACAGUGGCGUGUCUCCAGUAACAUGUCUGAACAAGAGGCUCUCGAUGCCCCAGUGUCUCAAUACAGAUUGCACUGCCACUACCUCCUGUUAUGUGUGUACAGAGAGGACAUCCAGAAGGUGUUUGUUGAGGAUCCACGGCAAACGGUGCCCAGAUACUCUGAGUUCAUAUCUCAGCCGAUGUGGCUGGACAGAAUAAAGCAGAAGUUGGAAAGUGGAGAGUAUCAGACGGUACGCGCAUUCGUCUCAGACUUUCAGCUCAUUUUCAGCAACUGCAGAACGUUCAAUAGGGACAAUGUUUUUGGCCGAAUGGGUGCCAGGCUGAAGAAAAUGUUCGAGGAAGAGUUCAAGAAAAUCUUCAGUAUCCAAUAACAACUCUCUUUUACAAGUUUUUUAAAGAUACAAUUGAGAUCUGGAUAUCUUUGAAUAUUCAUUAGAGUUCAUUAUAAUAAUGUUUAAGAUGUAUAAAAUUUUUGAUUUUGCAGUCAGUGGUUUGGAGAAUGGAUUGGUAACUGAUGGUAAUUUGAUUAUAUCAGUACAGAAGAUCUGCUACUAUCAGUUUUUUUUCCUACUCCGUACAGAUCUUAAUCACUGUCAGUGUUCAAGUACCUUAAAAGUGAAGGGUGCCAUUUCUGUAAUUGCAAGAAUAAUGAUUGUUUUAAAUAGGUUCCUAAACAAACCGACCACCCUUUCUGACCUGCCCCGUCUUUUAUUGUUCAAAAAACAGGCAGCCCCACAGCCAAACACACAGCAUUAGAAACACUACAGAGCCAGAUAAGUGCACUCUUUUGGAAAUUAAUCUAAAAAUGCAUUUUAAGCUGUUAUAAAAUUAAAGAAUUUUAACGAUAAAAAUUGCACACUUCACUUUUAAGACCUAAAUCAAAAUAUAUUGCAGAAUUUUGUUAUUUGAAUCAUUUGGCAUUCAUUAUUCUGUUUUUUUUAACACAUUAAAACAUAUACAUUUAUACAUAAAUAAUUGAUACCUUUAUGUAAAACUUUUUUUAUGUUUAUUAUUAGCAGUAGUAGUAGUUUUUGUUUUCUAUAUUGUUUUGUGUAGUUUCUUUUUGUUCUGUAACCUUUUUUGUAUUUUGUUAUGUAAAUGUUGUGAAGUAUAAUAGUCUUUGAGUGACUCAGGUAUGUAGAUAUACAUAUGACAGGUGACGCCAGUGUAGGAGCUAGAGUUUUAAACAUGGGGUGGCCAGGGGGUGGCCAAGGCUAAAUCAGGGGGUCCAUAGACCAUGACAGAAAAUCUGUGUAUAACUCCAACCUGGCAUCAAAAAGGCAUGGAUAAAUCCUACGAUUGCUGAUUACUUCAGAUUACCCCACCUUAGCUAUACACUCCUACCAUAACUUCAAAUGUUGUAACUUAUUUCUCUUACUUCAAUCGUCUCAUUAACCAGUGGUUGGAGAAGAUCUUUUUAUUUUUUAUUGCAGUCACAUGAUCCUUCAGAAAUCAUUCUAAUAAUCUGAUUUGCUGCUCAAAAAACAUUUAUUAUGUUGAAAACAGCGGAGUAGAUUUUUUUCAGGUAUCUUUACAUUUAGAAGAAUAGCAUUUAUCUGAAAUAGACCAUUUUUUUAUAAUAACGUUAUAUCUAUACAUUUUUAUUUUGUAUGUUUGCAAAAUUCUCUUCUCUAGUGUAAAUUUUUCUCUCGUUUAUGUACACUGAAUGGCUUUUGGUUUUGUGACCGUGUUUUCAAGCUGCUGUCUUUCCGCAGUUGAAACACUCAUUGAGUGUGAUUUCAAAGUUGUAGUCUAUCUUUCAACAUGAAUCUGAUGUGCACUCAUGUUUAUUUCAUGGUAAUUAUAGAAUGCACUCCUGCCUGCUUGAACUGAGGCAUAGCGGGAGCGCGCAUGUGAACCGGCACGCCAAUAAAGAGCUCCAAAACUGUAUUUGUCGUUUAAAAUUCUUAAUAAAGCUUAAAGAAUUUGAAUGCUGAGACU